UUGUGGCCGGAAGUCCGCCAGGGACCUCCGUGGCUGCGGCUUGGAAGGGGAGGCCGCGGCGGGCGGCGGCGCCGCAAUGGAGGCCGCAAAGGGCGGGUUCGUCCUCAGCAACCUGGCCGAGGUGGUGGAGCGCGUCCUCGGCUUCCUGCCCACGAAGGCGCUGCUGCGCGCCGCUUGCGUGUGCCGGCUGUGGAGGGAGUGCGCCCGGCGGAUCCUGCGGGCACGGCAGCGCCUCGCUUGGGUGUCGGCGCUGGAGCCAGGCCCCGCCGACAGCCACGCGCUGGUGCGCGCCAUGGCCCGCGAGCUCGAGAAGGUGCAUGUGCUGCCCCAGACCGUGCUCUACAUCGCCGAUGCGGAAACCUUCAGCGGGCAUGAAGAGUGUCACGAGCAGAAGAAAGCCAGGAAAAGAAACAGUAAAGAAACAGCAAUUGCACUUGAAAAACUGUUGCCAAAGCGAUGUCAGGUUCUUGGACUGGUCACUCCAGGGAUUGUAGUUACCCCGAUGGGUUCAAGCAGCAAUCAGCCGCAAGAAAUCGAAGAGGGUGAAGCUGGGUUUGCUUUGUUGUUUCCCAAAAUUGAUGGGGUGAAAAUCCAUACCUUCCAUUUUUCUAAAGAUGUGAAGAACAGGGUCUUUGAUGAAAGUAAAUUUGCUGAAGCAGGUCUGAAGAAUAACCCAGAUCUCCGGGUGGUUCUUCUGUUUGGCUACAACUCCUGGAAGCCUGGAGCUACUCGAUUUCUUCAUCAAAUAGUCAAUCCUUUGAAUGAAAAAAGUAUCAUCCUGGCUGGGGGGCAAGUGGAGAGCUUUACAUCAUUGACCUCUGAGAAUAACAAUGCCCAGCCCGGCGAUGCCUGCGGUGUGGUUGGGCUGGCUUUCAGCGGUCCCCAGAUCCAGAGUGCCACUGUUCUGUUAGACCAGGAUGUAGCUGAUGAGAGGACAGCAGAAGCCGCCAUGCAGCGUCUCAAAGCAGCAAAUAUCCCGGAGCAUAACACCAUUGGCUUCAUGUUUGCAUGUGUUGGCAGAGGAUAUCGGCAUUAUAAAACCAAAAGGAAUAUGGAAGCAGAUGCAUUUAGGAAGUUUUUUCCAAAUGUUCCCCUCUUUGGCUUCUUUGGACAUGGGGAAAUAGGAUGUGAUCGAAUAGUUACUGGGAAUUUCGUAUUGAGAGAAUGUAAUGACAUAAAGGAUAACCUGCUUCAUGGCUACACUACAGUUAUGACUCUUAUUCAUCUUGGGUCAACUAAAGCAAACCAAGCAUAAAUAUGUUUUUAAUGUUUCAGUGAGCUGUUUGUUUCACUCCAGAAAGCUGAGAAGUGUGGAAGAGUGGACAUCUUGCAGGCAAAGCCCCUUCAAGAAUGUAAACAUCUUUUUGGUAAUAUUAUAAAAUCUUGUAGUUGGAAUAGAGUUUAAUAUAAUAUACCUGCGAGAAAGCUUUGCAUUUUGUGUACACAUCUGAAUUGCAGACGACUUGUAUUUGAUGGAAUUCUGCAAUUGAAGAAAGCCUCUUUCUUCCUAAGUGGAGGUGGUUUGUACAAAUGGCAGUUGGAGUCCAAGUACAACAUGUAGAAUGAAUUGGUACUUUGAUAUGCUCUAUUUAUGUAUGUAAAACAGUCCAGAAAAACUGCUGCUGCACUCUGAAAUACUGAUGCACAGAAUCCACCAUUUCCUGGAUUUUUUUUUUGCAAGAGAGAUGCACAACCUGCCAGGAAUCCUAUUUACAAACCCAAAUAGUUUUAUUAGAUAAAAUGAAUGAAAAUCUUUAGCGGAAAAUAACAAAGUGCUCAUUAAAUAAAGAUGAAACUACCUAAAAGUA